UGAGACAAUAAAUUUCAUAUUUUUUGCAAUAGAUUUGAUUAUUUCGUCUGGUAUUUUUCUUGCUUUUUAAAUAAUGGAUCACCCUCCACAGUAUAUGAGCGAUCAAGCCCAACCAAGUUAUUCAGAGCCAAGACGUCCCACACAGAAGAGAUCCAGGCGAGGACCCCCUCAGUCGGCACCUCUGUUUGACGACACAAGUACCCAACAAUCUGGGUAUGAUGGCCAACCAACGGGUUAUUCAGUUUUCAAUCCAACCCAGUUGUCAAAUGAUCCAAUGGCUAAUAUGGCCUUCCAGUAUGGAACAUCUUUGGCAUCACAAGGGAAAGAUUAUGUUGAUAAAAAUUUGGAUGAAUUUGUUUCAACUUCAAAGUUGAAGUAUUAUUUUGCGGUUGAUACAUCGUACGUUGGAAGGAAACUUGCGCUCUUGCUAUUUCCGUUCACUCAUCAAAACUGGUCUAUAAAAUAUAAUAAAGCAGAACCAAUUGCGCCAAGAUAUGAGAUCAACGCACCAGACAUGUACAUACCUACAAUGUCUUUUGUGACUUAUGUGCUGGUUGCAGGCCUUGUUAUGGGAACACAGGACAAGUUCUCUCCGGAACAACUUGGGAUCACAGCCACAUCUGCAUUUCUUUGGUCCUUUGUGGAGGUCAUGGCUAUCCUGUUUUCAUUCUAUAUCUGUAGUGUCAUGGCUGAGAUCAAAGCUUUGGACUUGGUCGCCUUUUGUGGUUAUAAAUAUGUGGGAAUCAUCCUAUGUCUCUUGGCUGGAUUGGUGUUCCGUUCUACAGAAUAUUAUGCUGUGCUUGUUUGGAUGAGUUUGACAACAGCAUUUUUCUUGGUGCGAACAUUACGACUGAUCAUUCUCCCAGAAGCGGACGCGGACAGUAUUGGACGUGCAAGUAAACGGCGUGUUUAUCUCCUCUUGUUCAUUGCUUUAUUACAACCUGUCCUUAUGUAUAUACUAACAAGACAUUUACGGCCGUUGGAUAUAACUCAGAAAAUGCUAUGAUAUAAAGUAGAGAAAAUUAUUGACCAAUCUGAUAGUAUAAUGUUAACAGCUGGGGUUUAAUAUUUUUGCAC